GCCUGCCCGGCCCCGCGGGGGGAGCAGGGAGCCCAGGAGCCUGGCCCCCAGUCCCGCCAUGCCUGUGUCCCCCGCCUGCGACAUCUUCCAGGUCUCAACCCCGCUCUCAGAAACACGGCACUUGGAGAGAUGAGGAGGGAAGGAAGGUGGCCUCUGCAAGGACCUCCUGGUUCCCUGCUGGUCCUUGCUCUUCUGGCGACGGGAAGCGCCGUUCCAAGAGAGUGUGGGAAAUUGUGCACCCAGGGAGCCCGGCCUCCCGGGCCACACCUCGGGGUUAGAAAGGGCCACCCCUGAGGAUGGAAGGCCCAGGGGGGUCAGAAGGCAGCGAGGCCUUCCCCUCACCAGGUCGCUGCUCAGAGAAUGGACCCGCUGCUGGCCGGGCACCUGGCUAGAAGGUCACGUAGAUGAGCAGGCAGCUUAUAGUUGAAGGCCUCCUGACGUCAGAAAUCCCAACCAGCAUCUGUCGCCCAUCCGGUGCCUCCCGAGGUGUCCCAGCCAAUACGUAGAUAGUCUAGAGUAGAAAUCAAUCUAGGCCAUCAGACUUGACUGGCAGCGAGGGGGAGGGCCCUGGAGGUCGGGCGGAAGCAGAGCACACAGCACAAAGCAGCUGUCUGUUCCGUGAUGCCUGGGCCGCAGACCUGGCCAUGCAUACCCACAGCCUCCUUUGCCUCCUGCCAGCUGCUGUCAGCUGCCAGCUUGUUCCAGCUGGAUGCCCUGCAGCGGCACUGCGAGAUCCUGUGCUCCCAGACCCUGAGCGUGGAGAGCGCCGUGAACACCUACAAGUAUGCCAAGAUCCACAGCGCCCCCGAACUGGCCCUGUUCUGCGAGGGCUUCUUCCUCAAGCACAUGAAGGCCCUGCUCGAGCAGGACUCCUUCCGGCAGCUCAUCUACGGCCGCAGCAGCAAAGUGCAGGGCCUGGACCCGCUGCAGGACCUGCAGAGCACCCUGGCCGAGCGCGUGCACUCUCUCUACGUCACCUCACGUGUGUGAGGUUGGGGGAUGGCUGGCUCUGGGCCGGGCUCUGUCGCCAGGCAUCCUAGCGGGUGGGAAGGGCCGGGAGCAAGUGCUUCCCAGGGUGUCUGGGCCAGCACGUAGCCAGGGCCUGUGGACACGCUGGGGCCCUGCUGGGUGGAGGCUGGUUACAGGCCCUCUUGGAGCCAGACCUGGGCAGGCCCAGAGCUAACCACUGGCUCAACCAGUGAUGGGCCAAGGGCAGGUGUGGCCAAAAGGUGGCCCUUCCCCCAACUCCCCUCCCCGACACCUACGCUCGCACCUCGAGGGCCGCCAUGCACUCACCCUCGUGUGAUCCUGAUUCGGCUCUGCUCAACACAGCUUCAGAUCGUGCCCUCCCCCCGGGGCCUCGGGCAGCUCAGACUGUCCUAACUGGGGCUCUUCGGGGGUGUGGGCAUCCUUAUGAAUGUACAGAACGUAUGUUCUGUUUGGGCCCAGGGCCAUUUCAGUCAAAACUUGGUAUUGUCCCUCAAUGUCACGUCAGAAAGGCUGCCCAAACCCUGAACUUAUUCAGGGCUGUGCCUCUGAAAGACUUGAUGUGGGCCUCCAGGGGGCCGGGGAUCAUGCACAGAGGGUCACUUUGAGUCCAUUUUCAGUCCAUUCUCUUGGUGUCUGGCCUCACAGAGGCCCUCCUUUGGGGCAGGGGGGAAUCACCAUCCUGCUCAGUGAGUGGUAGAAGGCAGUUAGUUCCCCUGAAUGCCUUUAAAGCUUUUGGUCUGAGCCUAGGGUGGCAUGGGGUGCAGUGGAGGAGCCUGGCGGCCUCAGCUUUUGUUGCUGCUGUUUUCAGGGUCGAUGCUGAAAUCCCAAGCCCAGAAUUAGGCUGCCUCUGUGGGCUCCGGAGGCAGAGCCAUAAACGGUCCAGUUUCUCCAGUGAAAAAGUCCUUUAAUUUGGAUUGGAGAGCAGGGCCCACACUUCCCACGGGGAGCGCGGGUCUUGGGGAUUUAAAGGACGGGGCACAGGUGGAAGGGAAGGACUGGGAGAGGAGGCCCUUCUACUUCUUCCCCGCUACCUGCCCCUGACAUUCUGUAGGCUCCAGGCUCUCCUGGGGUGGAGACACAUCUUUGGGCCUAGACCCUUGUCGUAUUUAUGGGCCAGACACUGGGGAGACCUUCUGGACAGCUUGUGCUGGAUGUCGCCUUCAGCUGUCUGGCCGUACCUUAGAAACUAUUUAUUCAGCAGAAGCCCCAGGCACUUUAGGAGGUGUCACUUCGGUCACCUUGAAAAACCCCUGGGGGCUUGCAACCCUGGAAAAUAUUUUCACCUAGCUGCUUGAGCUGGAUGUACAAAGGAAUAGGCGUUAUUUUAUUGCUGUAAUAUUGUACGAUACUGUAACUAUACAUUAAUGUUGUCACUUAUUGUAAAUGUACUAUGGUUUUAUUAACAAUAAACACUUGUUAACAAUGACCUUGGCCUCAUGGCUCCUGCUAGAGGGUUACCCAAAGUUCAGAGCUGGGGAGGAGCCCAUUUAGGACCAGGAAGAGAACCCAGAG